CGAAAACCUCGGUGGUAUCGAUAGAAACAGCAAAGAUGGCGGCAGGUGCACCUGGAUCUGCUGCACAGGCGUCGCUGUUGCCAGAAAUGCCGCUGCAGCAGGUGAUACUCGCCGAGUCUGCAGUGGUCUGAGUAAAAGGUGAGUGCAACCACCGAACCGUAAGAAAUUCAAUAAAGGUUUACAGCCUUGUCGAUGGCGACUAGAUCAUUAUUUAAUUGUGCAUACGGCGAUACGCUAACAAAAGCGUGCUUAAGUAUAACUUGUAAAGACUGCGAUUUUUAUGAUAUGAUGUCAAAUGAUGCAACCCUAAACUGAUUCAUUGGCCAAUGAUGCAAUGUUGGCAGGAUUCUGAACAGUGCGAAUGUCAAUGUGUAGGUGAAACUCAAAAAUACAUCAUGCUAAGAUGCCAAUAUCAUGCAGUUGCAGGCGUACAGUAAGAAUGAACAUUCCACACGUAUUACGACAACAUCAUAGUUAGUGAUGGAAAAUAUUUUCGACCUUAGAUGGAAAAAAAUCAUUUUUGCCCUCUACGGACUUUUUGCUUUCGACCCCGCCAUCCAGCUCCUCUUCUCGCCGCCUCUGGUACCACCCAUGCGCACUUAUCUUCUUCGACGUCCUAGUGUUUUGGCUCUAGCUGUUGCGGAGGCACGCAGGGAUGCCGUCGUAUCAUUUUUCCGGUGCUUCUCUGUAUUUGUGCCGUCUCGUCUCGACUCAUCGAUUGUCACAUCUGUGUAACAGCAAAUUAAAAAGAUUUGCUCCUCUUUUUACCACAACAUCGUAUUUGAAGAAGUUGAACUACGAUAAUAUUACGUGUCACAUUGGUCCGGUUCGGUGGUUCCAUUACUGCGCUUCCCUAUUCCGUUAUUUUUUGACUUAUCAGUUACCUUUCCCGUCCGAUGUCUAUGAUAAAGUCUUGAUUUCUCACCGUGUAGCUGUCUCAAUAUAAGGCAAAUAGUUUUACUUUCACACUAAAUUAGGCUGCCGCCUAUAUGCUUCAUCUCGUCUGUGACUUCGAAACUCUGUGUUACCUCCUUUGCUUGCGCGUUAUCGUGUUGAGGCUUAAGCACUAGUUUGAGUGUAUGUGAGUGCUGUCUGUCGUGCCAACUCUGGGAGUGUUUCAAAGCUUGACCAACAUGAUGAUGUGGCUUAAAAAAGUGGAUACUUCUAUAAUUAGGGCUCAAUAUAUUUCAUUUCUACAAGUCAUUUCUCCCUAUUACCUUCUCAGGAUUGGGAGAAAUGUAGGCAAGAAAUGAAUUGUUUUGAGCUCUAAUAUAAUAGACACUUGCAAACUUUCAACAUCUGAGCAAAUGAAUAAGUAACCUCCUCCCAUAGCAGGCAUUUGCGUUUUCCCCCUUAGUAUAAGUAGGAGGCUGUGCUGCAAAUCUUGAUUGGCUUUUGCCCGUAAAACGGCGAAGGUUUAGGUCCAGCGACGCUCAAAGCACUAAAAAAAACAACCGGUUAGUUUUUACCGCUAAAACUUAGGCUUAUCCCAUGCAGCAAAUACUUUCAUAACAUGGUAGAUGCACGCGCAGACUCCACUUUCUCUUAGCAUAUCUUGUCUGUGAUUAUGUAUUUUGGUCGUUCAGGGAUGAGCAGUUUGUUACCGAGCACCUUGUUGCCGCAGAAUAUUCACGUUCUUUGUCAGCAGAGGUUUGGACGGAUAUGUACAGAAAAAAGAAUCGCAACAAACUCAAUGUACUUACACGACUCUCAGCGUAAGAAGUGACUAACAUUUGUAGAUACAGUCUAACAUGCAUUUCAGCAUAUGAAGAGGACGGAAGCCGGUUGACCGCAGUCAUCCAUAGAUUGGUGUCAAAAAAUGUAUCAACACAUGACCAUUGACAUAGAAACACAAGAACAUGUGCUGGCGUUGGUAGUUCGGAAAUGCGAACGAAUGUCACUCAUCUCCAUGAGGAGGCUUUUAGAGAU